AUGAACUGCUUGACCAUUGGCCCUUGUUUUUUGAUAAGAAUUCUGUUUAAGAACUUAUUUGGGAAAAAAACCAGGUGAGACUAAAUUCCACAUUUUCCUGAUAGAAAAUUGAUUUUUCAGAGUAAGAGAUGCCGCACUAAUUGAAGAUCUGCGUAUUGAGAACGUGAUUAAAGAGUGCUCUGGGAACGAUAAUUCUAAAAACAAAGAAGAAGCAGAAAUCGAAACAAAAGAAGAUCUGGAGGAAAGACGCAGAAUUUUGAAGGCAAAACUCGCACUGGUGUAAGCUAUUUAUUUCAUGAAAUUUCAAGUUCAAGUUCGUUGAAUUUAAGUGAGAAAAAAUUGGAAAAUAAAGAAUCUGAUGAUGAUGAUGAAUUUGCAAAGAAACGAGAAAAUAUGCAAGAGGAACAAAAACAAAAACUGGAGAAGCAGAACAGCGAAGGACACAUGAAAUGCGCAGAAAUCCGUCAAGAAAGAGAGCAAAUUGAGGUGGGUGCUACAUUCCAAAUUGAAUCUGGGCUAGAGACAAACUCAUUUUUGUUUCAGAGAGAAACUCAGGAACAAUUUGAAAGUUCUGGAAUGAGCUACAGCUACACCACCAAUCAAUAA